UCGCGGGGCGCGCGGGCUGAAGGGGCGGCGCGGCUUGGGUGCACUUGAGAAGCCGAGAAGCCACAGGCCCGGCCUGGGUCUUGGCCCGUUGGCCGGGCGCCGUAGGGCUGGCCGACACUGGGGCGGGGGGCGGCGGCUAGCUUUUCGGGAUCGUGCCCGCCCGCAGCUCGCUGGGCCUCGUGCCCGUCUUUGCUUUUCAGGAUGACGACUUCAGGCGCGCUGUUCCCAAGCCUGGUGCCAGGCUCUCGGGGGUCCUCCAAUAAGUAUCUGGUGGAGUUUCGGGCAGGGAAAAUGUCAUUGAAAGGCACUACUGUCACUCCGGACAAGCGGAAAGGGCUCGUGUACAUCCAGCAGACAGACGACUCUCUCAUUCACUUCUGCUGGAAGGACAGGACAUCUGGGACCGUGGAAGAUGACUUGAUUAUCUUCCCUGACGACUGUGAGUUCAAGCGCGUGCCUCAGUGCCCCAGCGGGAGGGUCUACGUGCUCAAGUUCAAGGCUGGGUCCAAGCGGCUCUUCUUCUGGAUGCAGACUGUGGGCUGUGCCCUCCCAGCACUGUCCAGAGAGCAGCAGCUGUGGCUGCAGUUGACAGGGGCCUUCCACUGCUCAGCUAUGCUGGGGGCCAGCGGGGACGGACGGAACCCAGGAACCCAGGGCCUCGCGCGUGCCAGGGAGCGCUACUCCGGAGCCCUGCCCCGCCCCUCCGUCACUGCCUUUAUUCUUGACUUGACUCAUUUGGAGCCCAAGACCGACCAGGACGAGGAGCACUGCCGGAAAGUCAACGAGUACCUGAACAACCCCCCGAUGCCCGGGGCGCUGGGCGCGAGUGGGAGUGGGGGCCACGAGCUCUCCGCACUGGGCGGUGAGGGUGGCCUACAGAGCCUGCUGGGGAACAUGAGUCACAGCCAGCUCAUGCAGCUCAUCGGACCAGCCGGCCUCGGAGGACUGGGUGGGCUUGGGGCUCUGACUGGGCCGGGCCUGGCCAGCUUACUGGGCAGUGGUGGGCCUCCUGCGAGCAGCUCUUCGUCCAGCUCCCGGAGCCAGUCAGCAGCAGUCACCCCGUCCUCCACCACCUCUUCCACCCGAGCCACCCCAGCCCCUUCUGCCCCAGCCGCCGCCGCAGCGACCAGCCCCAGCCCUGCACCCAGCUCAGGUACUGGGACCAGCGCGGCAGCCAGCCCCGCCCAGCCCAUCCAGUUGAGCGACCUCCAGAGUAUCCUAGCUACCAUGAGCGUGCCGGCGGGGCCAGGGGGCAGCCAGCAAGUGGACCUGGCCAGCGUGCUGACGCCAGAGAUCAUGGCACCCAUCCUCGCCAACGCGGACGUCCAGGAGCGCCUGCUGCCGUACCUGCCCUCGGGGGAGUCGCUGCCCCAGACUGCAGAGGAGAUCCAGAACACACUGACCUCGCCCCAGUUCCAGCAGGCCCUGGGCAUGUUCAGCGCAGCCUUGGCCUCGGGGCAGCUGGGGCCCCUCAUGUGCCAGUUCGGCCUUCCAGCAGAGGCCGUGGAGGCCGCCAACAAGGGUGAUGUGGAAGCCUUUGCCAAAGCCAUGCAGAACAGCGCCAAAUCAGAGCCGAAGGAGGGCGACGCCAAGGACAAGAAGGACGAGGAGGAGGACAUGAGUCUAGACUAAGUUACGGGUGGGGCGCAGGGUCGGCGUGCAACCGCGCGCUCCUGCUCCUUGGUGGCGGUUGGGAUCCUGCGCAACCAACGCUCCUCCCUUCAGACUUACUGAUAAAUAAAGGUCCUUUCUUUUACCUGCCA